AUGGGAUACCUCACUGCACCGUAUAUCUGGCUCUGGGUACUUGUAGAGAUAUCUCAUGAGCAAGGAGAUCCAAUACUUCGAGAUUGGGGAUUCGCUGAUUAUGGAGAGCAAAAAGCAUUUCUGAAUCCUGUGUUAUCAUUGAAAGCUAAGUCAUGGCAGAGUUUUGAAAAAUUUGUCGCGUCAUUUCGUUGUAUAAAGUCAGCCGUGAUCAAAGAAGAUGAGCUAACAACGAUCUCAAAGGUUCACGCGGGAGCGCGUUUGAAUGGUGAUAUCCAAUUUAAAAACCACAAUCUACAACUUAAGAUUGCCAGACACCAAACAGACACAAAGUCUAAAAAUCUCACUAUAGGUGAAUGGAAUGUGGAUUGCAGUAAUACUACCGUUGAUGUCUGGCGAUUCAAACAUUGUAUUAUUAAUGCUCCAGGUUCGCCAUAUGGUAAUGCCUUCCUUUCAUUAGAUCAGCCGGGUGCCGAGAGCCCAAACGAAAUUCUCCAACACAAACUGACCCAAAAACCGAUCAGUCAAGAGGUAUUCGAACAAGAACAUAAAAAAUCAGCAUCGGAAAAUGAUUUUUUCAUCCUCUUUACGACUGCAGAUAACUGCAUUAUUAAACUUCCGAAAAGGUCUGGGAUUGUAGAUGGAAAAGUUUUUAGGGACUAUUUUGGGCCAUUUGCUGGCAGAGCAUACAGAUCUGCUAUGUCUGAGUCCAAACAUGAUAAAAUCAAGAAUAUCCCUAAGGUGAACAUCAAUACCGCUUCUCUUGAUCAACUCUGUAGAGUGAAUCAUAUUGGUAAAAAACGAGCGAAUAAAAUCAUAUUAGGAAGACCAUUUAAAAGGCCUUCACACGAUUUCUCGCAUUCUGCCUCGAUUCAUGCUAAGAUUGAUAGAAAUUUAAAUAGAGAUAUUAUUAGGAAUCAAUUUCUCGGCAAGAUUUUAAUGAUGUCUAAGGAUAAAUUACUUGAUGAACCAAAGCAAAUUCAAAUUCCACCUGCACCAUCCAAUCGAAGAAGGGAGAUUUCGGUAAAUGUUAUAAUGGUUGUUUCUACUUCGACAAAAAAUAGUCUCUUUUUUUCAGACUUCCUAAACUGUGGUUUAAUAAAUGAAAACAUGAGAAUCAACAAAUAUGAGUCAGUUCCUUCCAAGGAAUCAGACGUCGAAUAUGGACAAAAUCAAACUCGUGACCUGAAUGAUACUGGUGAAACUUCAGAAAAUUUGUGGAUGCACGAUGCUAAGGAAUCUCAGGAGACAAUUCGAUAUUUUAUAGACAUAAAAUCAUCGGGUUGA